CCAGGACCUGCCCCAAAAGAAUGAGACAAAUGAAAAGAGUCUGAUAUCAGUGAAGCAAAUGGCAUUUAAGAAGAAACUCUCUAAAAAGGCACCUGUGUUCAUCCAUGAGACUGAGAAGAAGACCUUGGAUGCAGCUCCAGAAGGCCAGGAGCUGCAUGAGAAGCUUGAAUGGAGAAAGGUUCGCAAUAAAAUAGAAAACAUCACUCUUGAUGCAGGAACAGCCCAUCCCAAUCUCUCCAUUUCUGAUGACAAGAACAGUUUGAAACAUGAAGCCCAACCUCAAAAUGUUCCACCAAACCCAGAGAGGUUCGAUUCAACUGUCUGUGUGCUGGGAUCUGAAGGAUUCUCCUCUGGAGAGCACUCCUGGGUGGUGGAUGUCGGGAGCAGCACUGACUGGGACUUGGGAGUGGCCAGAAAAUCCACAGAGAGAAAAGGAAAACUUUCCCUGUCCCCUAAAGAGGGAUUCUGGGCUCUGGGUCUGAGUGGGAAUGAUUACUGGGCAAAAACAGACCCAUGGACCCAGGUAACGGUGCAGAAAAAGCUCGAGAAAAUUGUAGUUUACAUUAGUUAUGAAGAAGGGCAGGUGACAUUUUUCAAUGAAACUGGCAGAUCUGUGUUCACAUUUUGCAAUUGUUCAUUCUCAGGUGAUGUUUAUCCAUUCUUUAAAAAUUCCCACAAAGAAACAUCAAUGAAAAUUUGUUCAAUUGAAUAGGAAUAAAUUUAUAAUGGCAGUGAGGUUCAAUUUUGUUGAUCAGUCUAAUUUAAAGCCCCCUGUACAUUAUAGCACUGUUGACCAAACUGAACCAAAGUAACGGAAGAAAAGAGCUGCUUCUUUGGGGGAGAAAAAAAAGAUGAGCUGUUUAC